ACGCCGCGCGUUGACGGCUCGGCCGCUUAAAUGCAGCGAAUUUCUUAUCGCGAGGUCUUCAUCCGCUCACGAAAGUCAAAUUUAGAACAGAGAGGUGGACGUGACAACUUUCGUUUUUUCCUCCCGUGCGGUUUACGGAAAAAGAAAGAAUCGAACUUCCCCGCACGUUCUCGUUUGUCUUUUUGUAUUGAAUCUCUUCUUUUCGGGCGGUAUGAAAACGCAUGGAACGAACUUCCUCUUGGUGGGCGUCGAUAGUGUGGCACGCGACAGAUGACCAACAUUCGGGAACGUUUUUUUCAGCGUUCGUUUCGCGUGGGCCAUACAGGAAGCGAUAUAGCGCUACUGGCUACGCUGGGGCUUCUUCGAGCGUGAUCUUGAUCUCUACGACGAUAUAGUACAGCACGUGAGGCGUCUUCGGUAGCGUACGAGGGCGAUUUUUGGCGGUCGGUUGUACGUGCCCGCGAUAUUGGAAUCCCGCGGGGAGGGGAAGCGAUGUGAUGUAUGAAGAGCCGUACGAUGGAAAGCGAGAGGCCAGGCCGGUCGGUGGGAGGGGUCACGAGGUGUUGUCCUCUCUCGCUCUUCGUAUAAAAGGGGCCCCCUUUUUUCGAUGUCCACGGAACACAGACACACACUCAUCCCGCUUCUAACGUCACUUCGAGCAGUCGUUCGCCGUCGAACCAUCGGAAUCAUGAACACUUUGGUCGUCAUCGCUACGUUCGCCUCUCUCGUGGGCCUGUCCCUGUCGGGGAACCUGGUCGGCUAUAGCUUGGGCAGCGGCUAUGGCGGCGGCUACGGCUCGGGCUACGGAGGCGGCUCGGGAUACGGGGGCGGCUUGGACGGCGUCGGCCUCGGAGGUAGCGUGGUCCUCCUCAACAGUGGACACGGCGGCUACGGCAAGGUGGUCGCCGGGCCGUCCUUCCUCGUCAAGACCGUGCACCACGUGAACAAGAUCAGCGGCGGGGGAGCCCUGGUGGCGCACAGCGGGCUCGGAGGCGGCUACGUCGUCGGGCCCGUGGUCAGCUACGGCGGAGGCUACGGCGGAGGCUACGGCGGAGGCUACGGCCACAAGGGAUAAGAGCUCGGCUGAACUGUAAAGGAAGGAACGACGCCCGUGAAAGAGACAGCUAGGGCACUGACGACACCGCCAGCCUGGACACGUGAGCGCCGUGACAGGCGAACGCCGCCACCCGAGGGGAUGAAAAAAAACAUCAAGUCAUUUUGUUUCUUGAAGAAACGUUUCUUAGAGGUUUCUUAAGAAACCUUUUAUGCGACUGCAUCGGCGCGCAAGCCCUGUAGCAU